AUGACGCGACCCGGUCCUCCGAGUGAAAAUCUCCCAACUGUGAAACUGGUUGUGGUGGGUGACGGUGGCGUGGGGAAGAGCGCCAUCACCAUCCAGUUCUUCCAGAAGCUGUUUGUCACGGACUACGACCCAACCAUCGAGGACUCCUACAUACAACACACUGAAGUGGACGGGCAGUGGUGCAUACUAGACGUGCUGGACACCGCCGGCCAGGAGGAGUUCAGCGCGAUGCGCGAGCAGUACAUGCGCAAGGGCGACGGCUUCCUCCUGGUCUACUCGGUCACCGACAUGCAGAGCUACGAGAACAUUCGCCACUUCCACACGCAGAUCCUGCGCGUCAAGGACCGCGACUCGUACCCGAUGCUGGUGGCGGCCAACAAGGUGGACCUGGUGCACGCGCGCGCCGUGAGCGAGGAGGCGGGCCGCGAGCUGGCGCGCGCCCUCGCCGCGCCCUACAUCGAGACCAGCGCCAAGGAGCCGCCGCUCAACGUGGACGCCGCCUUCCACGAGCUGGUGCGCAUCAUCCGCAAGCAUCCGCAGCGAGAGGAGAAGCAGCGCCGCCGCCGCCGCUUCUUCGGCCGCUGCGCCCUCCUC